UUUGUUCUAGAGAUAAAUAUGCUUAUUUCAAACUGUGAGUGUUAGACUAAAGAAAAUUCUACAUUAAACCAACCAGUGCUGCUGACUAUCUGUCAUUAAUCAUUGAAAAUCAUUAUGCGACUUCUUGCUGGACAAUUGCUAGUCUGCUUCCUAACAACGUUAUUUUCUUGUCAACAUGCUGUUUUGGAUAAAACACUUCUUCCUUCAAAGGCCGUCUGCAGAAGAUGAAGACACUUUGUUAGCGGUCGCAUGGUCUGAAGAAGAUGAGCCAGAACUAUCAAAUUGUGAAAUAUUUACUGAAAAAGAACAUAUCCAAGAAAUUCUAAAGAAGUCUAGAAACCAGGCGAUUAGAAAAUUAAGCUCAGAGCAAAUGAAAAGCCUUAUAGAAGAUUGCAGAGAUUUUAAUAUUUUAAAAAUAUCCAAACAAAAUGAGAAAUCCAGUGAAAGAAGCAUCAAUGCCCAUGAAUCUCUAGAUCAAGACGAUAAACGAGCCAUAUAUGGUGAUGAUGAUUGCGAAAUCAAAUCUAAUAUUUCACCUACCAAAUUAAAAAGUUCUCAGGAAACACAAUUUAAAGCAGACGAACAGGCAACACUACCUCUCAUCUUUCCAGGUACGAAGUGGUGUGGAGCGGGAGAUAUAGCAAAGGAUUACAAUGAUCUAGGCAUCCAUCAAGACACUGACAGAUGUUGUAGGGCUCAUGAUCUCUGCAAUGACACAUUGGCACCAGGAGAGACAAGGAACGGUUUAACUAAUAAAUCACCUUUUACAGCGUUAAGCUGCAAGUGUGAUGAUGAUUUCUACAAGUGCCUGAAGCGUGUCAAUAGCGUAAUUUCCAAUACAGUAGGUUUAAAAUACUUCAAUAUACUCAAGAGGCAGUGUUACGAGUAUAAUUAUCCGUUCAGUAAAAAGUGCAAGAAAUACAAGACGUUUUUGAAACUAAAAUGCCUGGAAUAUGAAAGAGACACAAAGUCUGAAAAGGCCUAUCAAUGGGUUCCAGCUAAAAGAUACAAAAAACUACCAUUUCCAGGACCUCUGGACAUAACUUUACCAUUUUAGAUCAAACCAGCAUAAGAAAACAGAUGAUCUAUAAAUAUAUUUGUAACUUGUAUUAAAUGAACAUGAAUGUAAUAGGUCCGAGAAAGAAGUUAAAAGGUGAAUGCAAGAGUUCUGUCAUAUUAUUCGUUCAGUUCAUUGUAUAAUAUUUAUGUAUUUUAGAUUAAAUUAAAUUUCUUUAAAGGAUAUUCCGCAAAUUAAAUGCGUAUCAAAUUUCUUUCAUUAAGUAUAACUAUUGAUAAUCAUGUUCAUCUGAUAAAAUCAUGACACUAGAAAGUGUAAAGUCGUUUCAAAAAUUAGAAAAUAUCUGAUUUGAUUAUGCAAUAUAAAUAUUUUCUUGUAAGUGUCCUAGCCAUAGUUUAUUGCAACAUGUACAUACAUUUGCAAUUAAAAUUUACCUGUAAUUACGAUUAAAAAGGAUUGUCUUUUGAAAUUUUUAUAUUGCUAAAAAUGCCCGUAUCACUAUAAGAUAUGCUGUAAAACUGAGAAGUUUAGAAUAAACAUUUAUUUUCCUCUU